CCUCGGUCACAAUAUGACCAUACGCAGUACCGACGACAUAUAAUAUAUAUAUAGACAUCACUUCCUUACAUAUAUGUAUAUAUAUAUAUUUCGUAUAUGUGGUUGCACGGAGAAUUGCGGACGCGUAUACUAUUGAAGUGCCACCAGAGAAUGUAGGCAAAACGUACCGAAUUGCAAAGAACGCAGCUAAAAAGAACAGACCCGAAAAAGAACUUGGUUCUUGUUUUGACGGUUCGAGUAACAGAACGAUAGGUUAAAUUAAAAUGCCGGUCGACCAGAAACGCAUCAACGGGCCGGAGUCUUCCGUUCCGUACGAUAUUUACAUUCAUUCCGAAUUGAAGGACAAUGAAGUACAAAAUGACGCAUUGAAAAGGCACGACGGUCGCUCAAACAACGAGCUUAGAAAUAUAUUUUUAAGGACAGGUAUUGUUAGUCAAGCCAAAGGCUCUGCUUAUAUCGAGAUGGGCGAUACAAAAGUCAUCUGCUCGGUGUUUGAUCCCAGAGAGGUACCAAAUAAAACCGGCUACUGCGUGCAAGGUGAGCUGUACUGCGAAUUCAAAUUCGCGUCCUUCUCUCAUCGCAAACGGAAGAUGCAUCAGCAGGACACCGAGGAGAAAGAGUACAGUUUAGUACUGCAAAGGGCUCUGGAGCCAGCAGUGUGUUUAAACGAGUUUCCUAACUUCCAAGUGGACAUUUAUGCAACAGUCUUAGAUAAUGGUGGAUCGGCCCUUGCUGCUGCGAUCAUGGCAGCUAGUUUAGCCUUAGCAAAUGCGGGUGUGCCGAUGUACGGCUUGGUCACAGCAUCCACCAUUGCAGUACACAAUGGUAUGUACUUGGUGGAUCCGACAGAUAAAGAAGAAAGCUUCUGUUGCUCCAAUUCCGAGCCAGGCGGAAAUUGCGAUCAUGGGAUCAUCGUGCAAGCGGCCCUUCCGCAGCACGGUCAGAUCUCUGAAAUGUUUGCUGUAGGAAGCUUCGAUACGGAUACGAUUGUACAUUCCAUGGAUCUCUUGAGCACAGCUUAUAAAGACAUACGUCCCUUAUUGGAACAGUGUCUCGUGAAAACUAUAUUUAAGGUAUUCCGCUCACCGCAGAAAAAUAAGAAAUGAGAGUACAGCAUAUUUGUUGAAUUCCUUUGUGUAUAAAAUUGUUAAUAAAAUAUCUAAUAACGGG